ACACUGCACCCUUUGCUAGAAGAUGGCUGCCAAGGGGAUGAAAAACCAGAACCCUACAAAAAGGUUGCCUUUAUUGGCAUUUCCAACUGGGCUCUAGACCCGGCCAAGAUGAACAGAGGAAUUCUUGUCCAGAGAGAGGUUCCUGAUGAGGCGGAACUUCUAGAGUCAGCCAAGGGAAUAUGUGCUUCCCGUGAAGAUGUUUUUCAAAGAAUCAAGUUACUUUUACCACAGUUAGCUGAUGCUUACAAAGCAGUAUUUGGUGCUACUCAGCAAAAGCGAGAAUUCUUUGGACUAAGAGAUUUUUAUAGUUUGGUGAAGAUGGUGUAUGCAUUUGCUGCCAAACAACAUCGUCCCCUCUGUUGGCACCAGCUGGAACACUCAGUACUUAGAAACUUUGGAGGCCUGGAUACUGUGGAUCCUGUUGAAGUCUUUCAGGAAAACAUCACAGUGAUUGUUAAACGAGAAGAGCGACAUGAAGAUGACCCCAUAAACACUACAGCUGGUUUGAUACAGGCAGCACUAUUUGGAGAUGGUACUGACAGUGAAAGUCGUUAUCUUCUGCUUUUGACUGAGAACUAUGGUGCUCUUGGAAUACUGCAACAACUUCUAGGACAGCGCCGAGUGAUCACCAUAUUUGGAAGCAGUUUUCCUAAAGACCAGGAAUACACGCAGGUGAUUGCUUUAUCUCUCACUCUUUGA